AUGACAUCUCCCUUCGGACCCCGACUAUUGAACAAAGUCUGCAUCGUGACAGGCUCCUCCUCCGGUCUAGGCCGCGCAAUAGCACUGGGCUACGCCCACGAAGGAGCACACCUCGUCUGUGCCGAUCUCCACCAGAAUGCUCGUGCCGACAUCAACGGGGAGGACAACAUCAGCACGGAUGAGUUGAUCAGAUCCAAGGGCGGUCAGGCCAUCUUUGUUGAAACGGAUGUUAGUAAGGCCGAUGCUGUUGAGAGGCUUGUUACGAGGGCUGUGAUCCAAUUUGGUCGUAUUGACGUACUGGUAAACAAUGCAGGUAUCUCCAUCGAAGCGGGCAAAAAGCCUUGUAGAAUCCAUGAAACUCCAGAAGAGUGGUGGGACUUGACGAUUGCUGUUAAUCUCAAGUCUAUCUUUCUGACAAGCAAGUACACCAUUGCGCAGAUGCUCAAGCAGGAAAAGUCCGAGUCUGGAGAUCGAGGCUGGAUCAUUAACAUCUCGUCCAUCUUUGGCGAAGUGGGAGGAUACACCAUCCCUUCAUACUCUGCUUCGAAGGGCGGCGUGUCGAAUUUGACUCGCAACGUAGCUCUGGAUUACGCGAGGGAUGGCAUUCACUGCAACGCCAUCUGCCCGGGCUAUACGGAGACGGCCAUCUUUGCGGAUACGACCAAGAUCCACGAUGCGGAUGCUAUCAGAGCGAAACAUCCGCUUCAUGGAACUGGUACGCCCAAGGAUUUGGUGGGCGCUGCUGUGUUUCUUGCGAGCCAGGAGGCUAGAUGGAUUACAGGUGUGUGUCUGCCAGUUGAUGGCGGUUACACGGCACAGUGA